CCCAUAGGAAGCCCCUCCCCUCGGCUUGCCGGGAGAGGGAGGAGCGCGAGGGAAUCCUCCACAUGAAGCUGGCGGCCGCCGGGUGCGCUCAUUCAGACAGUUAGGCGCGAGAGAGCCCCAAACAGACACUUGCCGCCCUCGCCCAACUUGCCUCUUUUUUUUUUUACGCGCGCGCGCGCGGUCUCGUGCCCCGGAGUAUUUGGCCAGCCGCCCCCCUCACCCACCCACCUCGGGGACAAACCGACCGCAGGGAGAAGCCAGCCAGCCAGCCAUGAGCCGAAGGGGACUCGGAGCAGGAGUGCUCGCCACGUGGGUGGCGCUCGCCCUGGGCCACCUUCUCAGCCCGGCUGCGGGGAACGGCGAGGCUAAAUGUGGAAGAAACGAGUUCCAGUGUGGAAGUGGACAGUGCAUCCCUUACCGAUGGAUUUGUGAUGGCAGAGCUGAAUGUGAAGAUGGCACCGAUGAAUCUACAGAUGCUUGCAGAUCUGUGACCUGUGAUCCAAAUCAGUUCAGCUGUGGUGGGCGCAUUAAUCGUUGCAUCGAUAUGUCCUGGCGAUGUGACUUCCAAGAGGACUGUGAAAAUGGUUCUGAUGAAAAGGAUUGCCCCCCCAAGCCUUGUGCUGACAGUGAGUUCCAGUGCGCCAAUGGGAACUGUAUUUCUCUGGAUUUUGUCUGUGAUGAGGACCGUGAUUGUGAGGACGGGAGUGACGAAGCCAAGUGUUCUCCCCCCACCUGCAACCCUGAGAUGUUUCACUGCAACAGCUCGGAGUGCAUUCCCAAACUCUGGGCCUGUGACGCUGAUCAGGACUGUAAGGAUGGGUCGGAUGAAUCCCCUGAGCUCUGUGGAGACCGAGAUGGGGCCAGUCCUUGUUCCUCGUUGGAGUUCCGCUGUGGGAGCGGCGAGUGCAUCCACCAGCGUUGGCAGUGUGAUGGUAGCUUUGACUGUAAGGACAAAUCAGAUGAGGCAAAGUGUGCCAAGGUGACCUGCCGCCCAGAUGAAUUUCAGUGUAAUGAUGGGACCUGCAUCCAUGGGAGCCUGCAGUGCAACAAGGAGAGCGAUUGCAAAGACAUGAGUGAUGAGGUUGGCUGUAUCAAUGUGACAACCUGCGAAGGACCAAACAUAUUUAAGUGCCGUUCUGGGGAAUGUAUCACAAUGGACAAAGUCUGCAAUGGACUGAAAGACUGCAGGGAUUGGUCUGAUGAGCCUCUCAAGGAGUGCCGAACAAACGAAUGUUUGGGCAACAAAGGUGGCUGCUCCCACAUAUGUAAUGACCUCAAAAUUGGAUAUGAGUGCUUAUGCCCAGAGGGAUUCCAGCUUAUUGACCAAAGAAAAUGUGAAGAUAUCAACGAGUGUCUCAACCCUGAUACUUGUAGCCAAAUUUGUGUCAACCUGGAAGGAAGCUAUAAAUGUGAAUGUAAAGAAGGCUAUCAGAUGGACCCAACUACCAAGGCAUGCAAAGCUAUUGGCACUGUGCCAUACCUCUUCUUUACCAAUCGCCACGAGGUCAGGAAGAUGACCCUGGACCACAGCGAGUACACCAGCCUGAUCCCCAAAUUGAAAAAUGCUGUGGCAUUGGAUAUGGAAAUAGCCAACAACAAAAUCUACUGGUCAGACAGCUCUCAGAAGAAGAUCUUCAGCACCCCAAUAGCUGUGGCUCACAACCAUUCUCACCACACCACUGUGAUUAGCAGUGGCAUCAGACACCCCGAUGGCUUAGCUGUGGAUUGGGUGCACAACAACCUCUAUUGGACUGACUCUGGCCUGGGCACCAUCUCUGUGGCCAGCAGUGAAGGCUCAAAGAGGAAGACACUGAUCAGGGAAGUUGGUGCCAAGCCACGUGCCAUUGUGGUGGAUCCAGUCAAUGGGUUCAUGUACUGGACUGACUGGGGGAUGUCAGCUAAAAUUGCCAAAAGUGGCCUGAAUGGAGUUGACAGCUUUGCGCUAGUGACAGAAGGCAUUCAGUGGCCUAAUGGAAUAGCACUUGAUCUGGUCAACCAGCGCCUCUACUGGGUAGACUCCAAGUAUCAUUCUGUCUCCAGCAUUGGUGUGAAUGGGAGAAACAGGAAGACCAUCCUUGUGAAUGAGGAGACGUUGACUCAUCCUUUUGGCAUCACAGUCUUUGAGGACAAGGUAUUCUGGACAGAUGUCAUAAAUGAAGCCAUUUACAGUGCCAACCGGUUGACUGGCUCAGAUGUUGUCAAGGUAGCGCAGGAUCUAUUUUCACCGGAGGAUUUGGUUCUGUUCCACUCCGUGCAGCAACCAAAAGGAGAGAAUUGGUGUGAAAAAGAUGGUGUCCGUAAUGGAGGCUGCCAAUAUCUGUGCCUUCCUGCCCCCCAAAUCACUCUCCACUCUGCCAAAUACACCUGUGCCUGUCCAGAUGGCAUGCACCUGGAUGCAGGCAUGAAAGGUUGCAUCACAGGUGCCGUCUCUAACACUACAACAUCUGUUACUGCCACAACCUCAGAAUCCAUCAGAAGAACCACACCUUUGUUGCUGCUUUCUACAGCCAGUGGUCGUCAAAGGCAGGCACCUGAACAUCCACCUGCUGCAGCCACAACUGUGCUGAAUAAACCCACUCCUGGGAUCCCUGAACAUACCACACUGCCAGUGGUCACGCUCUCCCAGCAAGCUUCAAACGGUAUUGCUGCAGAAAGAGGCGAGGAAAAACACGGUGGCCCACGAGCACUCUCAAUUGUUUUACCCCUGGUGGUGAUUUGCUUAGUCUCUUUUGGGGCUUUCCUUGUUUGGAAGAACUGGCGCCUCAAGAACACCAACAGCAUCAACUUUGACAAUCCUGUCUAUCAGAAAACAACUGAGGAUGAGAUCCACAUUUGCCGAAGUCAGGAAGGAUACACCUAUCCAUCGAGACAAAUGGUCAGCCUGGAGGAUGAUGCAGCAUGAUCUCACUUCAGCACCUGAGGUGCCUUUCUCCAGACUAAGCUGCUUAUUUCCUGGAAGGAGAACAUCCAUGUCCUGACAUCACGUUCUCCUCAGCCGUCCAACAUCACUUUCUGAACAACUUGAUGGACGUUUUUUCCCUCCUCCACCUUUAAAAAAAAAAA